CUCACGCCUUGCCCUCUACUGCUGCUCCGCGCGCGCUGUCCUAGCACCGACACUGACAAGAACAGCUGCUGCCGGACCCGUUUUCGACGUUCAACCGAUAUACGAUGGCUUUACGUCAGUAAGGAGUCACUGACCAGCUCUACACUGUCGGCGAACAUGGAUAACCCGGGGUUCCAGAACGACGAGUGCGGCGCGAUGCCGCGGCUGGCGCGCUCUCCCAGCCUGUCGCCGAGCGAGUGCCGGGUGCACGCGCCCGCCCCCGCCGCCCCAGCCACUGUACCGGCGCUGGCGCCGCCGGCCGCCCCCGCGCGCUCUGGCCCCGGCUACCUGCGAUUCGGCGGCGGCGGAGCGCAGCCACAGGCGCCGAGCAGCCCAGCCUCCGCCCCCGCGCCGGUGACCGCCCCCGCCCCCAGCCCCCAGGGGCACGGCCUGCGAGAGCUGCUGGGCCGCCUCCAGCUGCCCGCCGCCGCCUCGCCGGACCCCAAGAAGGCGGCCGACGCGUCGCCGCUCUCCACCGUCAGCGCCAUCGUCGCCAAGACCUUCCCGCCGUCGCCGCUGCACAAGGCCGCCGCGCUGAUGUCGCAGCCGUCGCCGCGGCCGUCGAUGGACAACCGACGCAACCUGCGGCGGUCCGGGCGCGGCGCGGGGGAUCCCCUGUCCGAGGCGCGCCUCAGCAAGCGGCGCGGGCCGCUGGGCGCCGCCUGGAAGCUGUCGUUCGCCGCCGGCGCCGGCAACCCGUUCCACCACCACCGCCACAACCAGCAGGCGCCGCACGCCGCCGGCUGGCGCAACGCGCUGCUCGGGGCCGCCGUCCUCAUCGCCGCCGCGCUCGCCUCCCUCGUCGUGGCCGGCGCCUGGCUCUACAUGUACACAACACCCGCGAGCCAUACAUCAAUGGGGCCAGAGCGAGUUUUCGACACCGGUGAGGGCGUGAGCGUGGUAGCGGGCGAGUUCAGGAUCACCAACGAGGAGUUCGUCCCGGAGCUGGCCGACCCGGGCUCGGACGACUUCUCGCAGCUCUCCAUGCAGAUCUGUCGCCAGCUGGACGAGCUGUUCGGGCGCAGCGGGCUGUCUGGCCGGUACAACGGCUCUGCGGUGCCGGCGCUGGAGGCAGCGCGGCCGUCGGGCGUGCGCGUGCGCUGCCGCCUGCUGCUGCUCUCCCCGGAGCCCGAGCCAGGGCUGGCCGGCGUAGAGUUCCUGCGCGGGCUCAGGCACCGCCGAGGGCGUAUGUGGCUCGGGGACUUCACCAUCGACGUCCAGUCCAUCGGCUUCCAAGCGGAGAGCGAGUCGGAGGACUCCCCGGAGACGACCACGGACGGGGAGGCGCAGCGGCCGCCGGCGCCGCAGCCGCAGUGGUCGGCGUGGUCGGAGUGGAGCGACUGCCCGCCCGCCAGCGCGCCGUCGCGCUCGCAGAGCCGCAGCCGGCUGUGCCUGUCGGCGGCGGGCGCGCCUCUGGAGGACAUCGAGCCCUGCCUGCUGGCCGGAGGCGGCGGAGACCUGGAGGCGCGCGACUGCCCGGGGGCGGGGCCCGAGGGCCGCGCCGUCAUGGCCGCCAGCGUCUUCGAGGAGCCGGCCCCGCCGCCCGACGAGGUCGUCGUCAUGGACCUGUCAGCUGGGAAUGAUGCUCGCCAUUGUGAUGAGUGUCGGCCAGGAGAGGUGUGCGUCGCCCUAGGCACGGAGACGCUGCCCCUAUGCAGAACACCCAGUGAUCCCUCGGACCCAACUGGUUGUGGUGGACUCUGUCAGCUGGGCACAGAGGUGUGCUACAAGUUGGACAUCGAUGCCUUCAGGUGCAUUGAUGAUUCUUUCUGCUUGCCAAGUGAAUGGCAAUGUGCAAAUCAACUGUGUAUUCCUGAAGUGAAGAGAUGUGAUGGUCAUAUGAAUUGUUAUGAUCACACAGAUGAAUAUGAUUGUGAAUGCAAUCUAGAGUCGAACUUUCAUUGUGGGAAUAGUACAUCCUGCCUUCCAACAAGGAAGAAGUGUGAUGGUGUAAUAGACUGCUGGGAUGGCUCUGAUGAGCUCAAUUGCACAAUAGCAUGCCCGAGUCCCCAGCAGUUUACAUGCACUGACGGUCAGUGCAUUCCCCGGUCACAAUUCUGUGAUGGUUAUGCAGACUGUUCUGACAAAUCAGAUGAGCCAUUUGGUUGUGGAGGGGAAUGCAAGAGCCAUGAGUGGGAAUGCAAUAAUGGACGAUGCAUUAUGAGGGAGGAGGUCUGUGAUGGAGAAGACACUUGUGGUGAUCUUUCAGAUGAGAAAGCUUGUCCACAGACAACUGAGGACCAAUCGUGAAACUGUAACUGUGAUUUUCUUUUCAAGUUAUCUUUUAGCCAUCAGAAAUAUUUUACAUCUUUUAGUUGUAAAUUGUGCUAUGACACCAAUUGUAAGAUCACCCUAUGCCAAAGAUGUAAUUUCAUAAAUACUUAAUGUGUGUUACUCUAUUUAAGGUUUGUGGUAAUUCUUGAACAAUAAAAUGAACAGUAUUACAUGUGAGACUAAGUAAAUACUCUGUGUAAUAUAAAAAUGAUGUACUUUAUCUUGUAUAGUAAGUUGUUUUUGUAAUUUUUUUAUAUUAAUGAGGUGUUGUUACAUGUUAAACCCACAGGGUAAAUUAUCAUUAUUUCUCAAAGAAUUCUAUACUUAUUCCUCAGUGUGUUCAUAAAUGAGAUGAAACUAUUUUACUUAAUAUAAAUGUGUUAUUGUAAUAAUUUUAAAACAUAAAAAUGUACAUGUGUAAAGUAAUAUAUAAAUGUAUUUAUAUGUAAAUUUAAUAUAUUUUCAGCACAGGUUUAUGAAACUUCCUAAACAUAUCACAAAUUAUUUUUACAUACAAUUGUUUGUAUAUUAUGUACAUUAAUAAACAAUGUGGAAAUAUCAUGCCAUCAUCAGUUACAUCAAGCAAUCAAUAGCCAGCUUCCAUUACUCUGAAUGCAUUUUUCAUUUUCCCCUCCAGUGUAACAGUUACUACUAACACCAAAUUAGAACUGUAUGUCAGAAUGAAAUGGUUGCAUUUUAUUUGUUCUCUGGCAAUUGUGAGUUGGUUUACACAUGAUCGCCUUAAUUACUUUUUUGACACAGCAUUGUACAGACAUGGAAUGUGUGUGAAACAAAUUCACUACUGGUGGAUAUUUUGUGAAGCCUCUAGAUUUAUACUUCUGUGAAAUACACAUUUGCAUUCCUGGAGAGUAUAGUGGUGGUGAAAAAUUGAAAUGUUGCUAUGGAG